AUGUCGGGAUGGUGCCGCGCCUUCACUCGGGUGCUGGGCGGCGCGGGCGCGCUGGAUAUCUCCAUGGCAGUGUGGGCGCUGGGUCGGCUUGGCUACCGCCCGGCGGCGCGCUGGAUGCGGCGGCUGGCGGCGCGGAGCACGGAGCUGCUCGCCUUGAGCACCGCCUCUGACCUGGUCAACAUCAUCUGGGGUGUCGCCGCCAUGGAGCAGCGCCCAUUUGGCGCGUGGUAUCACGCGGUCGUGCGGCGGCUGGAGCCCCACAUCGGCUCGCUGCAGCCGCGGCAGCUGUCCGCCCUUGCCUGGGCGCUCGGCCGCCUGCGCUUCAAGCCGGGCGACGCCUGGCUGGCCCGCUUCGCCGCGGCCGCGGGCCGCGCGCUGCGCGGCGGCGCGCUGGGGCCGAGGGAGGCGGCGCCGCUGCUGUGGGGGCUGGCGCGGCUGGCGCGGUGGGAGGUGGCGGGGCCUUUGAUAGUGGACCUGCAGCAGUCGCUUGCUGGCGGCUGCAGCAUGGAGGCGGCGCUCGCCUCCAUUGAGGCCCAUAUGGCGUCACUCACUGCGGGGGAGCUGGCGCAGGCGGCGUUUGCGCUCGGCCGCUGCCAGUACCGGCCCCAGCCCGCGUGGGCGGGGGCGUUUUUGGAGGCGUGCGGCCGGGCGGCGCCCGGGAUGGGCCACCAGGAGUUGUCGAUGCUGCUGUGGGGCGUGGCGCGGCUGCAGCUUUCGCCCAGCCUGGCGUGGACCGCCGAGCUGCUGACGCAAGCUGCCGAGCAGCUGCCGUCGUUCAGCCCCCAGUCCAUGGCCAACAUGCUGCUGGCGCUAGGCCUCAUGAGGGUCAAGCCCAACAAGGAGUGGAUGGGCGCCGCGCUGGGGCGCGCACAGUACAUGAUCAACCGCUUCGACGCUUACGACUUCUUGGGGAUCAUAUCCGGCGUCGCCGCGAUGGGCUACAGCCCCAGCCAGCGCUGGCUGGACGCCUACGCCGCGGCGGUCGCGGACCGCGCCGACCAGAUCAGCGGCCCGCAGCUGGCGGCCAUCGCGGCGGCCCUGCGGCGGCUGGGUUACAGCAGCGACAAGCCGCAGGCUUGGGUCGCGAUGUGA